AUGUCACAAAAAAAAGAAAAAGAUAAUAAAUCAAAUACACUUUAUAAUUUUUUUACUAAAGAUCCAAAUAAUAACAAAAGAAAAAAAAAUACCUCGAAAUUAGAAAUGCUAUUAAGUUCUAAUAGUGAUACAAAUUCCAAUACAAAUAUUGAUACAAAUAUCAAUACAACUGAUAAAAAAAAUCGGCUUAACAAAAAAAAUUUAAAAUUUAAUUUAAAAUGGAAAGAUGAAUUUGAUUGGUUACGCUAUGAAGAAAAUAAUGAAGGUGGUAAAAUGUUUUGUACUUGGGGCGAAAUUGCUAAAAAAACAAAUAGAUUUACAUUUGGAUGUGAUUGGUUAAAGCAUGAUGCUUUAAUUCAACAUUCGACUACACUAGAUCAUAAAAAAAGUAAACCAAUUUUAAAUAAUCAAACAAUUGAAUAUGGAUUUAAGUCUAAACAUCAUUAUGCUACUCAUGGAUUAAGGGAUUUAGAAAAUCUAAGCACUCAGCAAUUUAAUGAAGCGAAAAAUGAAGCUUUAUUUGGACCUUUUGUUGGUUUAAAGAAUGUAUAA